CUGCAGGAAGCUUGAGCCUUGCGAGCCUCCGUAUCCGAGGAACUGUGUGUGUGUGUGUGUAGAGUGUGUCCGCCACGCUACGGGACCGUGGAGGAGCCAGUUCCUGCCGCUCGGUCUCUGUGUUGCGCCGGGUUGUGGGAACGGAGCAGGCAGCCAUGCCUCGCUUCGCUCAGCUGGUCAUGGGCCCGGCGGGCAGUGGCAAGAGCACUUACUGUUCCAACAUGGUCCAGCAUUGUGCAGCCAUAAACCGCUCUGUGCAAGUUGUUAACCUAGACCCUGCAGCAGAAUAUUUCAAUUAUCCUCUGAUGGCUGACAUUCGAGAAUUAAUUGAAGUGGAUGAUGUUAUGGAAGAUGACUCCUUAAGGUUUGGUCCCAAUGGUGGUUUAGUAUUUUGCAUGGAAUACUUUGCCAAAAACUUUGACUGGCUUGAGGAUUCUCUUGGCCAUGUAGAGGAUGACUAUAUACUCUUUGAUUGCCCAGGUCAGAUUGAACUCUAUACUCAUUUGCCAGUGAUGAAACAGCUGGUGGAGCAGCUGCAGCAGUGGGAAUUCCGUGUCUGUGGAGUUUUUCUUGUUGAUUCUCAGUUUAUGGUGGAAUCUUUUAAGUUUAUUUCCGGAGUCUUGGCAGCCCUCAGUGCAAUGAUAUUGUUAGAGAUUCCACAGAUCAACAUCAUGACCAAAAUGGAUUUGUUGAGCAAGAAAGCUAAAACGGAAAUUGAAAAGUAUUUAGAUCCCGAUAUGUAUUCUGUGAUCGAAGAUUCUGCAAAUAUACUAAAAAGCACAGUGUUCAAGAAACUGACUAACGCUAUAUGUGGAUUGAUUGAUGACUACAGCAUGGUUCGAUUUUUACCUUAUGAUCACUCUGAUGAAGAAAGCAUAAAUAUUGUGCUGCAGCACAUAGACUUUGCUAUUCAGUACGGGGAAGAUCUAGAAUUUAAAGAACCAAAGGAAAAUGAAGAAGAGAAACCUGCUACUUUAGAUGAAUAUUUUCAAGACCAAGUGGAUGAGUAAAGAAUGUAUAUACCAAAAGAAGAGAGAAAAUAGCCUGGUUGUAAAAUAUGCCUAAAUAAGGAAUCUUUCUCUGAAUAUUUGUGGGUGUUGGGUUUUUUUGGUUUGUUUUUUUAAAUAUCAAAACUAUAACUUGAAUAAAUGGCUAGAGGAAGCCAGUCAUGCAUUUUCACAUUAUUACUUUAAGAAAUAAUUGUCAUUAUUGUAUAUAAAAUACUUAGCCACCAGUCACAGAAAGCUAAAUUCCAUACACAUAAUUGCAUUUCUUCUUUAAAUGCUAGAUUGCUUGAAAAAUCUGGACGUUGUAGAGGGGCACUGUCAAAAUAAAAAUCAUAUAUAUUUUUUUCUUCCCCUCUUGCUAGUAGCUUAUUAGUAGGGAGAAAGUUUAAAACAAAUCUAGUUUACUUACCAUUUAUGCUGUUGGUUGACAUUUUGUAUUUCAUUCAUACAACUAAAAAUGGAGUAGUCAUUUUCACUUUCUGGUUAGUUGUGUGCUAAUUUAAUGUUACUGCGUUUUGGUUCCCAGUGCUGCAGAAAAAAUGUUUAAAUGCCCCCAGUAACAUGGUUUUUGUACACCUCAUGAAAAUGUUGAGAUUGAUAUAUCAUUCACCCAUUUCAUACCUGUUAUAAAUUGAUGUAGCUCUCUUGAAGUCAAUGCAAUUGUACCUGGUUAUACCAGGUAUGAAUUUGGUCCAUUAGGUUUUUGUUAAUCUGCUCACCAAUUAUCUAAUUUCAUUUUAAACAACCUACAUUAUAGGCCUAUGCAACCUGUCAGUGUCCAUCUAUCCUCCCAGAGAUGUUUUUAAAUCCUUAGCCAAUGGCAAGUUCUCUGAAAGAGAAAUCUGACUUUUAAGUAUUGACUUAAUACUUCAGAUUUACACAGCUGUUCAGAAAGAUGUGAAAAGCAGUUCUUUGAAGGAAACUGUUGCUCUUGCUGUAGUACUCUGUACAAUAUUUAAAUAUGAAAAAAAUACUUUUUCAGAUGUUUAUAUUUCAUUCCUUGACUAUUACAAUGUUUAAUAAAUUGUAUGUAUAGGAAAACCAGCAAUUCCCUUGUAUAACCUUCUAACUUCCUUGGGAUUUCUAGUUGGAAGAUUCAUUGGUUUCAGGAGUUCUCUCCUCAUUGUAGCAUAACCUUCAGAUUAGAACACUUGCAUGAUAUAUUUUAAAGGGGCACUAUUAGGCUGCUUAGGUCUGACACAGUUUGACCAAGAGUGUAAAAAUGUGAUGGUCACAUGACUUCUCCCCAGUCAUAUAUGCACACUACACAGAAUGGUAGUGAUAGCUAUGUGACAAAUUGCAGAAUCAUGUGACAAAGUUCAUCCUUCCCUCAUCUGUACUCUGCUCGCUAAUCUGCCUCCCCAAAGAGCUGUCACUUUAAAACCAACAAAACAACUAUAGUGAGGUAUAACUUUUCCUCCAAAAUUAAUUGCACUGGUUUGGGAUGCAGGAUAUGCAACCCUUAGCAGGAGAAAAGUCAUAGCUUGGAGAUACUGGAUUUUGAACCUAUCACAGGUAGUAAGCUUUACACUAUUGGAGCUAACAAACUCUUUACAAUGGGACACAUGACUUCUACCUGUUUGUGAUUCAUUGUGGAAUAUUGGACCUGACAGUACAAUUACAUGAUUUUAAGGUCAUUAUUUUCUCUCCCUCCAAAUCCUGAAGAGUUGGACAACAUGUGGCAUAUACAGAAUGACAAGUCAUACGGUGUGGUAUAAAGGUUUGACACUUGUUUGGAAUGACUUGCAAAACUCAUUUGUGAUGCUGUCACUCGUGAAUAAUAUAGCCACCCCAAACUCAUGUUGAUAAACAUUUCAUAUCACUCCAAUGUGUGGUUUACAUAAACAUAUGCAUUUCAUCACUAAGAGCGGUGGCGAUAAAAUGCCUGUGCUCACAUAUUUGACUUAUUUGAUUAUAAAUAAGGAAAUAAAUAAAAGCAGACAAGCUAAUUUCAGAUUAAUUGAAUGUGUGACAACUGUAAAACGACAAUUGAUUAAAAAAGAGUGAGUGGAAUCCUAAUGCUAUUGAAGUCAAUGGAAGUUGUGCUAUUGACUUCAACAGAGACAGGGUUUCACCCAUAUUUUUCAUGCUUCCAAGAGGGCAUUUUAAAAAUUCAGUUGCUGGUUUUCUUUUAAAAUACAUGUGCUUUCUCUUGUACUGCUAUAUAAUGUCAACCAGUGGCACGUUACAAGAGCAUGCUCAUUAUAUAUUGCUCCUUUUAUUAUCUUAUUUCAAUGCACUAAGGAUCAAAUGAGUCUUUAGAGGCAAAACUCUGAUGGACUUUGGUGGGAGUACUGCUUGAAUAAGAGUUGCAGGAUUUGGCUCUGUGUAUUGAUAAUGUGCUUUCAGGCACCCUUCCUCAACUAAGAUUCCA